GGGCCGCGGUGCUGGCAGGCUGCUCUUGGGCUCCAGCAGCGGGCGGCAGGGCUAGGUGUUAGCGGGCACGAUGUGGCACGUCCUUGCCGCCGGAUCGCUCCUGUUUCCUAUGCUUUAUUUGCUGUGCAGCCGUUGUGCCCGGAAAGCGCUGCCAGGGUGGUCAGAGGCGGACUGCUCGCUCAUCAGCGUCAGGAUAGUCUCGUCUGUUCAGGGAGUUCUUGCUACCGUGUCUGGCCUAAUUGUUAUAACUUCCUGCAAAGAUGUGAAAUCUGACCGGCAUUGGUUGGCUACGUCAUAUGUUUGGUUCUUAAUCCCGUAUAUGGUGUAUGACACGUAUGCUAUGUAUAUUCGUCACUGGUACAAGUGUCAAGAAAAAAGAAUCGUUAAUGGGAAAGAUCAUUUUUCUGCUGCAAUGAACCGCUUGCUGCAAAAAGACUUUCUUAUGCUAGUUCACCACAUAGUCAUCCUGACCAUCCUCGUGCCGAUUUCACUGUAUGUUAGAGGAGAGAUUGGAGAUUUCUUUGUCGGCUGUCUCUUUGUGGCAGAAAUGAGCACCCCGUUUGUAUCACUUGGCAAAGUUUUAAUGCAGAUGAAUUUGCAAAACUCUAUCUUGCACAAAGUGAACGGUGCAUUUGUGAUCGUAACAUUUUUUGUCUGCCGCAUCCUGCUUUUUCCUUUUAUGUACAGCGCCUACGGGAAGCAGUACGGGAUCCCACUAUACAAAGUGCCUUUCCACAUUCCUCUGCACUGCAACAUUGCAAACGCCUCCCUUAUAGCCCCACAGAUAUAUUGGUUUUGGCUCAUUUGCAAAAAAGCCUUAAGACUUUAUACCAAUUCCACCUCCAACAAAGACAGAUAAUGAUUUGGUAUGAUUAUAGCUAUGUUAUCAUCUGAAGAAGUCCCUAGUAAGCACUAGGGACAGGCAGCACUUUUCUCACUAGUAGUUCAUAUCAGGUCUAUUAGAAGAGUUGUGUUCUAGGUAAUGGACAUUGUUAUCAUAUGAGUAUUUAAUAUGUAUUGAAACCAAAAGAUUAUAGCGUCUUAUUAUAAGCGUCUAUAAGGUACGAAACGAGUGUUUUUUUUAAGGUACAUGAUUAUCUACAUCAGUAUUGCACAAUAUUUGUUACGUGUUUCUGCAUUAUUUCUUAAACUUAACUAAAGUUGGGUACACAAUUUAAGAUGUAUCGUCCGAUAUAUCAUUCCGAAGCGGAUCAGAAAUUAAUAUUGUACACAUUGUAUAGCGUGUACAUCUGACGUACCCAGCCAUCAUUCAUUGAAUGGUCACAUUGGAUUGCAGUCGUUCAUUGAGCCGUCCCAUUGAACUUCACUUUCAAUGGGACAAUUUCACUGCCACGGUGGAGUUACGUGCAGCAUGUAGCAACACAGCAGAUUGUGCAGUGUGUACGAUGGAUACAAUGUAUUGUUACAUUGCAUCACUACAUCAAUGGUGUAUACCUAUCUUAAGGCAUACAACGUGCCUUUAAGAUUAAUUGUAUUAGAAAUAGGUUUCAUUAAAAUAUACAUGUGUUUUAAUGAACAGGCAAGUAGGAAAAUAGUCUUCACAGCUCACUGUACUUUACAUAUCCUGUGAACAGCAUUUCACAUUGUAGAGAUGACUGAAACCCAAUAUCAUACCUCCCAACAUGACCCUCUCCAGGAGGGACAGAAUGCUCUGCUCCUGGACUUCCCUCUUAAUUUAUGAUUGCCAUCACCUGUGCUGAAACAUCUUUCUUAUCCACUAACCCAGGGGUGGGCAAUUAUUUCAGCUGGGGGGCCGCUUAACACUUCCAGCGAAUAUUCGAGGGCCACACACAAAAUACUCAAAAAGAGAUCCUUUUUACACAUUACGGCAGACAGCGUGCCCUUUUUACACAUUACGGCAGACAGCGUCCCCCUUUUUACACAUUAUGGCAGACAGCGUGCCCUUUCUACGCAUUACGACAGACAGCGUCACCUUUUUACACAUUACAGCAGACAGCGCCCCCAUUUUUACACAUUACGACAGACAGCGCCCCCGUUUUUACACAUUACGGCAGACAGCGCCCCCGUUUUUACACAUUACGGCAGACAGCGCCCCCGUUUUUACACAUUACGGCAGACAGAGCCCCCGUUUUUACACAUUACGGCAGACAGCGCCCCCAGUUUUACACAUUACGGCAGACAGCGCCCCCGUUUUUACACAUUACGGCAGACAGCGUUCCCUUUUUACACAUUACGGCAGACAGCGCCCCCGUUUUUGUACAUUAUGGCAGACAACGCCCCCGUUAUUACACAUUACGGCAGACAGCGUCCCCUUUUUACACAUUACGGCAGACAGCGUCCCCUUUUUACACAUUACGGCAGACAGCGCCCCCAUUUUUGUACAUUACGGCAGACAGCGCCCCCGUUUUUACACAUUACGGCAGACAGCGCCCCCGUUUUUACACAUAACGGCAGACAGCGCCCCCCGUUUUUACACAUUACGGCAGACAGCGCCCCCGUUUUUACACAUUAUGGCAGACAGUCCCUACCCCCCUUUCCCCCCCUCCCCUAAACCCAUAUUGCAGUUUUUAACUCCCCUCCCUCCCCACCCCAAAACCUAUAUGGCAGCUUAAGCAGUGAUCCAGGGGCUGGCUGGACAGGGGGUUUACCUGUUUGUCACAGUGGCAGACGAUCCCCGCUGACCGAUGAUCUGCGCUGCCGCCGGCUGGAGUCACUGCUGAUGUGGCCUCUCCUGCUCCCGCUCGCUGCCCGCCGCUUCCUCUCCUCACUGGCCGCCGCUUCUCAGCCGCGCUCCUGCUCACUGCAGUGCCCGCCCCCAGUGCCGCCUAGCGCAUGAUAACAGAGGAAAACCCGGUCAGCUGACCCUGUGACGUGACCGGGAUUUCCUCAGCGGCGCCGCAUCUGAGAGCAGUGCAAUGACAAGCGGCAUGUCGGGCCACUUGUCAUUGCACUCUGGUGGGGCACAGCGGGCCAGGCAGGAUCGAUCCGCGGGCCGCAUCCGGCCCGCGGGCCGCCUGUUGCCCACCCCUACACUAACCUGUUCAACACAGGUGAUGGCAAUCAUAGAUUAAGAGGAAAGCCAGAAGCAGAGCAUUGUGUCCCUCCUGGAGAGGGUCAUGUUGGGAGGUAUGCGAUAUGUUAAAGUAGGUACAUACAACUUCAAUCCUCAAGAUUAGGUAAUUGGGGGGUGAUGAAAAACACUUUAGCACAUCACUGUAGAAAGCACGUGUGCACACCUGUGGUAUUUGUGCACAGAUUUAUUACAAACUCUGCAGGUUAUUGUUUAUCCAUUGAAUCUUUACUAAGCACUAAAUAGUAAAAGCUCAACAUACAGUUGAAAAAAUAUACAAUGUGGGUAAUAAUUCAGGGGAUUUCUUAAUAUGUGACGAAUUCAAUUAGAUCCGGUAAUUUACUGGGCGUGAUAAAAGUGGAAGCCUUGGGCUUUAACUCCCUUUUUUCUUGCCCGAUAAAUGCAGACCCUCCAACAUGACCCGCCCAUACUUGCCUACCUGACCC